AUUCAAGGUGCUUGCUUACACAUUUACUUUUUUUUUUCUAGCUAACCACAAAUUCUCGAUCAAAUUUCAUAUCUUUUCUGUCUAAUUUUACAUUCAUGAAAAAGUAUAGUGUUGCAUUCAUCUUCAAUUACUUGAAGCUAGCCAAAAAAGGUAUUGUAUGCCAUGCCAGCAGCUUUUGUUGCUCGUGGAAGUUUUUGGCUCUAAUCCGAACAGACUAUGUAUCUUUGUGUUCUACAUGUCUAAACUUAUGUCUUGUUCUAUUGUUUGGCCUAAUCUAACUACGAAAAUGGUUUGUCUGUUUAAAUUUUGAUUGCAGGUAAUAGGUUGAUAGUGAUAUUAUUAGCUUCAUGUAAGAUGAUCUUCACUCUUGCUCGCACAUUGAUUAAAAGCACAUAAAUUCUGCAAUAUAACUUAAUCUAUGAGAAUCAGUGAUACUUGGAGUUGCAGUCCUUGUCUUGCUUGGCGGUUGCAUAUUUUGUCUCAUAGUGAUACCUAGAUUGAAGGCUAAAUGAGCUCAAGGUGAUGAUGCAGAACUUCUCGUUGAGUAAUUUCCUUGGUGAAAGUGGCUUUGGCCCAGUCCACAAGGGCUUCAUCGAUGACAAGCUGCGCCCCAGGUUAAAGGCCCAGCUCGUCGCUGUUAAGCUCCUCGAUUUGGAUGGAUCACAGGGCCACAAAGAAUGGCUGGUAAUGACAGAAGUGAUUUUUCUUGGUCAAUUAAGACAAGCUCAGUUGAUGAAGUUGAUCGGACACUGUUGCGAGGAAGAACACAAGCUUUUGGUGUAUGAAUACAUACAAAGACGCAGCCUCGAAAACCAGUUUUUUAGAAGUACAGAAGCUAUCAACAUGUCAGAUUCUUGUAGUCAGGAUUUUAGCCAACUUUUUCACCAGAGAAAUUUGAAGAGUGCAACAUGUUGCUGACAACCUACUCUAAUUUUCUUUUCUUUUGGACAGUUAAUAGGAUUUAGAGCUAUUUUCAUAGCAUAUAAGAUAACAACUAUUGGUUUAAGUCUUCUAGAUUAUUUAUUAUUUAUAAUUGUAACAAAAUUCGAAUAGAUGUUUGAAAUGAUUAUAAUAUUGAUGUUAUAGUUAAA